GGCAUUGAGUUUCACCUUCUGAAAAUGGUGAAAGAAGACGGUAAAUUCAUUCCACCGAUUUCAAGCUUAGAGCCAGGAGCAUAUCAUCACAUCUUCUUGAAGGCUGUGCCUGAAAAUGUUGAAUGUGCUGCCGACUUGUCCCCACAAUUGUUUUUCGCUGAGAUUUUUCUCUCUGGUGUGGAACUUCAUCCCACUCAUUGUUUUAUCAUUAAAACUAAUGAUGAUCGUGUCAAAAAAAGAAAACUUGGUUGUGGCAUAUGUCCUGAUGAUGAAGAAUUUCCACACCCAAGUACUGGAUUUAUUGCUGGUCAUUUGCACACUCAAGUACUGGAUUUAUUGCUGGUCAUUUUACAUAUGUUGAAAUUUAACCAGUGA